AUGAUACCUUCCCUUGCAGCCGAUAGAAACAACGAUGCCGUCAGUUUGAUUGAUACAGGCAACAUGGAUGCUGCCAUCUGUGGUUUGUCGCACCUCGUGGAAGGAUUUCGCAAUUUUGUGUGCGAUCAUAAUAAUCCCAACGAAAACUCAGAAGAUAACCUUCGUCCUACAACCCUAAGCUUGGAUCAAUGCAUGGCUAUCAGUCAACCCUGCAAAGCCGACGAUGACGAGGAUGAAGCUAGUAGUACCGAUUCUGGAGAGCACUCCGACGACGAUCAGGCAAACCGUUUCGUGUACCGAACUGGAAUCCGAAUGCCUUCAUCUGUUGCUUUUGAUAAGGAUCGGGAUAGGCUCAUGUCCUCGAUCUUCCUCUUCAAUUUGGGCCUUGCCCAUCAGUUGCGAGCAGAAGCCAUCACCAAAAAUGCCGAACAACAACACACGUUGUACGCCAAGGCACUCAAGAUCUACGGACUUGCAUUCAAAAUGCAAGAACGAGGAGGCUACUUCAACUCCAACUUUCACUUCAUCAUGGCAAUUCUGAACAACAUUGGAGUGAUCCAUGAACGAAUGGGUUCCCUCAUCCUUGCCAAGCAAUGUUUUGGAAAACUCAUGUCAGUACUUAUGCUUCUGACCGAGCGCAAAUGUUACGACACCUCCAAGCUCUACGUGAAAGGAUUCUUCACCAAUGCAAGUCUCUCCUGCCACGAAGCUUGUACAGCAGCAGCUGCUUGA